AUGAGAAGUGUAGGGAAGUAUUGCUCCACCUUAUUCCUAGGUUUCCUGCAACUGUGUCCCGUCGUCGCCGUGCGUGUGCCGGUUUCGCACCUCCCUAACCUUCCCACCCCUUCCAAGGAGUACGAGUUCCUCAACGUCCAAUGGGGUGAUCAACAUGAUUAUAAAGUUGUGAAAAAAGUAGGAAAUGGGGUAUACAGCGAGGUUUAUGAGUGCAACAAUGUCUAUACCAAUGAGAGCUGCAUAGUCAAAAUGCUCAAGCCUGUGAACAAGAAGAAGAUUGAGAGGGAGAUUAAGAUUCUGCAGAACCUUUCUGGUGGCCCGAAUGUGAUCAAACUUCUUGAUGUUGUUCAAUAUCAUCACUCGAAAACUCCGAGUUUGAUUUUCGAGCAUGUUAAUAGUACAGAUUUUAGAGUUUUGUACCCGACACUGACGGACCAUGACAUUCGCUACUACACAUAUGAUCUCCUCAAGGCAUUGGACUAUGCUCAUGCACAAGGAAUCAUGCAUAGAGAUAUUAAACCUCAGAAUGUUAUGAUCGACCACAAGUUGCGAAAGCUUCGAUUGAUAGACUGGGGUAUGUCCGAGUUUUACCAACCUGGAAAGGAGUAUGAUGUCCGUGUGGCAUCAAGAUAUUUUAAAGCUCCUGAGCUUCUAGUUGAUUUGCGAGACUACGACUACUCGAUAGAUAUGUGGAGCCUUGGUUGCAUGUUUGCUGGGAUGAUAUUUCGGAAGGAGCCUUUCUUUGAUGGUCACGAUAAUAAUGAUCAGCUGGUUAAAAUUGCCAGGGUACUUGGGACGGACGAGUUGGAUGCAUAUCUGAAUGAAUAUGAUCUAGGGCUUGAUCCUGAACUGGAUGAGUUGGUUGGGAGGCACAGCAGGAAGCCAUGGUCGAAGUUUAUUAAUGCAGACAAUGAACAUCUAGUUUCACCGGAAGCUAUUGAUUUUGUGGAUAGACUCCUUCGGUUUGAUCAUCAAGACAGGCUAACUGCAAGAGAAGCCAUGAGUCAUUCGUAUUUCUCCCAAGUGAGGGAAGCAGAAACCAGCAGCUAG